AGCAGCAGCCCCUGAUCAUGUGACUCCUCCUCCUCCAUGUGACUGAUCACCUGACUGUGACAUCAUCGCAGGUCCUAUACACUCAUGGUUCCUGUAGUGCUGUGUGUGUGGAGGCUGGAGCAUCGCAGAAGAGAUUGGACGGCGAGGAGGCAGGGAGAAGAUAUGAACAAUAUUAAUGUUCCAAAGACAGAUUGGAGCGGUGAUGAGCAAUAUAAGGAGAACAAUCCUACAGGGAAAGAUCUGAUCUAUAUUAAUGCUACAGACAUAAAAGAAGAAGAGACAGAUGUGAGCGGUGAUGAGCAGUAUAAGGAGGACAUUCCUACAGGGAAAGAUCUGAUCUAUAUUAAUGCAAAAGAUAUAAAGGAAGAAGAAAAUACAGAUGUGAGCGGUGAUGAUCAGUAUAUGGAGGACAUUGCUACAAGGAAAGAUCUGAUCUAUAUUAAUGCUAAAGAUAUAAAGGAAGAAGAAAAUACAGAUGUGAGCAGUGAUGAGCAGUAUAAGGAGGACAUUCCUACAGGAAAAGAUCCAAUCUAUAUUAACGCUGUAGACAUAAAGGAAGAAGAAGAGGAGACAGAUGUGAGCGGUGAUGAGCAGUAUAAGGAGGACAUUCCUACAGGUAACCAUCCAGAUGACUGUACCAGGAGAUCAGAGGAGAAUCUUAUAUCUUCAGAUUAUAAAGCAGAUGAUGAUAUCACACAAGAUACAUAUGAAGAACAUUCCAUUAUCCCAGAUACACCCUCAGCUCCUGUUAUACAUGUUCGACCUAAAGAUUCAUCUCAGUCUGAUAAACAAAAUAAGGAGGAGCCAUUUUCAUGUUCAGAAUGUGGGAAAUGUUUUACUGUGAAAUCAGAUCUUGUUAAACAUCAAAGAACUCAUACAGGGGAAAAGCCAUUUUUCUGUCCUGAAUGUGGGAAAUGGUUUACUCAGAAAUCACAUCUUGUUACUCAUCAAAGAAUUCACACAGGAGAAAAGCCAUUUUCAUGUUUAGAAUGUGGGAAAUUUUUUACUGAGAAAUCGGUUCUUCUUAAACAUCAAAGAAUUCACACAGGAGAAAAGCCAUUUCCAUGUUCAGAAUGUGGGAAAUGUUUUACUGUGAAAUCAGAUCUUGUUAAACAUCAAAGAACUCAUACAGGGGAAAAGCCAUUUUUCUGUUCUGAAUGUAGGAAAGGUUUCGCUCAGAAAUCAAAUCUUAUCAGACAUCUAAGAAUUCACAGAGGAGUGAAGACAAUUGAGAGCAAUACAUGACACAGAUAACACAUCUAUAUAUUAACCAUGUACAUAGGAUAUCUGACAUUUAUACAUAUAUCAUAUACUGCAUCUCCAAACUUGUUCCCAAUUGUUAAUAAAAGUUUUCUUUUAG